UCAGCCAGCUUCUUUUGAAUCUCUCGUCCGCGACCUGUGAUAUCGACAUCAACCGACAUCGACAACCGGUACGUUCAUAUUCCACAUCCUCUCCAAGAGCCCUGUCAGGAGCACUACCGCCAGCCUCCUUUUCGCCGCAUCGCCAACACCUCGCAUCGACCCGCGCGCGCCGCCGCCUCCUCAAUACUUCAAGCCUUCUCGAAACCAUCAACUAACACCUUUCGCCUGCAGCAAUUAUGGGUAAAGGAAAGCCAAGAGGUCUCAACGCCGCCCGCAAGCUCCAGAACACCCGCCGUGAGGGUCGUUGGGCCGAUCUCAACUACAAGAAGCGUCUUCUCGGUACCGCCUACAAGUCCUCUCCCUUCGGUGGUUCGUCGCACGCCAAGGGUAUCGUCCUCGAGAAGGUCGGUGUCGAGGCCAAGCAGCCCAACUCGGCCAUUCGCAAGUGUGUCCGUGUCCAGCUCAUCAAGAACGGCAAGAAGGUCACCGCUUUCGUCCCCAACGAUGGUUGUUUGAACUUCGUUGACGAGAACGACGAGGUCCUCCUCGCCGGUUUCGGUCGUAAGGGCAAGGCCAAGGGUGAUAUUCCCGGUGUCCGCUUCAAGGUCGUCAAGGUCUCCGGUGUCGGUCUCUCCGCUCUGUGGAAGGAGAAGAAGGAGAAGCCCAGAUCGUAAACAACUCGUCUCUGCGUUGUACGACUCUUACGCUUUCUUCUCAUCGCGGGCGCGGAAACAAGCAACAACAAAAGAUUCUCUUUUCACAUCACCUGGUGUCAACAUCUAUCAUGCUUGCGGGUUGAAUCGGCUGGCGAAAAUGGGACUUUGCGAACAAAAAUGAAAAACAGUUUCCAAAAACACCCAAAACAACUUUCGUCCGUCUUGCUUCUGCCCGCUGCACGGAGCAAUCUUCUUUCCGCCCCUGCUCUCUGCUUUCUCUGUUUUUGGCAUCAGAUCUUUAACCCAGCGUCUUGUGACAUAGCUUACGGAAUGCACUUGUCCAGCUCUGGCUGAUGAACGAAAGAUACCCGCAUUCUC